AUGCAUGGUUGUUGGCAGCGCGAAGGCUACACCAAGCUGGCCGUGAGCGGCGCACUUUGCUUGUGCGGGCUUGCCGCGCUGAAGCUGCGAGAGGUGCAAACCGCUGGGAGCCCUUCGAGGGGAACCUCGCAAGAGCCAGCUGCGGAAGAUCUCGAAUCUGCGCUUGGAGGGACUGAACCCGGCGAAGCCUCUUCGCCCAAAGCGAGUGCAGGCAGAGGAGAAGAGCUGCAAAUUACGCCAGAGGCCAAAGAGUCAAUUCGGCAUCAAGAACGAGAAGCAGGUGCCAGCUACUACCUUUCGCGAAUUUCGGAGGAGAGAGCGCAGGUGCUCAAGCUUGGCACUGGUCUCGUACUAGUGCUUGGAUUGGUUUACUACUUUUGGCCAAAUGUGCCUCCACAGAGCCCCGACGGCCCCGAAGGUCAAACCUCUACACAGGAGACUGAGGUCAGCCUAGAAGCCGGGAGUUCGGCUGCAGGACAAAUGGGAGAGGGGACAGCGGCAGCUUCCAUUCACACCAGGCAAACGGAGGUGGUCUUUGAGAAUGCGCCGAAGGACAGCCAGGCUUGGGACAUGUCAGCCAGCGUUCGGGGCAUCAAGGGUGGCGUGUCGGAGAAAGUCCGCAUGUUUCAGCGAUGA